CAGGACAGGUGCCUUACCGUCAUAUUUUCAUUUUUAGAGUAAAUCGGUACAAACAUCUGAGUAGGGAAUAUCGUGCGAUAGGCCCUUGCAAAUGUUACAAAAUUUAAUGCUCAUUGCAUUAUAACUUUCAUGUACACAAUAAUCGAUAAGAUUUUGUGUACAACAUGCUCAAAACCUGAGUAAUGUGCAAUGUGUUUGUAACUUUUGAAAGGGCAUAUCUUACGAUAUGUUCUUUUCACAUGUUUGUACCGAAGUGAUUAUUCAUUAUGUUUUGAAUGCUAGAUUUAUAUCAUUGUAACGUUAUGUGAUUUUUUAAUUAAAUAGGUAUUAUGUAGUAGAAGACGAAAUAUAUAAAAUAUAUUCACGUAAACAAAUAUUCCCUCCCAUUGGUUGGUGGGCUUGACGGUCUUGAAAACAUCAUCGCAUGCAAUCAAUUAGCGUGACAAUUUGAUAAAGAUAUGCGUUACAGCUUUUAGCUUCAUAGUUGAAUUAAAUGAAUAAGAUAUGGAACGGCAUGAAUAAGAUAUUGAUUGCAUUACGCUCCAACAUCCGAGGUUGGAGAGGCCGGUAGAGCUUAACUGAGCUUUUCUUUUGUUUUAUUUUUAUACUACCGGCCCCUAUUACCAGUGUGAAGUGGAAAUUAAGUGGAGUGAACGUAUCUCAAUUGCGGUUCACUCGAUGACAACAAAUGAUAGCGACAAAAUGCCGCAAAGAUAGCGAAACUGUCAUUCGCAUCGAUUCAACCCCUUCGAGACCACGAUCCAGAAAAAAAAUCAAAUAGACCGUUACAAUGACAAAUUUCUAUUAGCAGAAUAAUUAUUAAGUAAACUUCAAUCUUAAUGAAUUCAUUUUGAUAAUGCGUAUGUGAUCUGCCAUCGGCUGGAACAGGCACGGAUUUUUAAGCGUAUGCUAUUUAUUUGACAUAAUGAUUAUUUUGUGUUUAGUAUGUUUCCUUUUCAUUUAUAUUUUGUAUUAAUCGAUGCCUUGAUCUUCAAAACCUCGUGCUUUAUUCGAAACAUUGUCGAUUUUAACAAUAAAAAUAAACUAUUACCAAAACUUUUAAAUCGUCCACUCCAAAAAGUUGGUCGUCUUUGAUAGAUAUAUAUACGUAGCCAUGAUGCUUCCUCGCUAUUCUAGUUUGAUUUGGUAAAUAGCUUAACACUACGCCAACGAUGUUUUGGAAGGGUAUAAAGUGAAUGCAGUCCAUGCUGUACCUCGUGAAAAGAGAACUCUCUGAAUAAAAACAAUAAGCUAUAACUAUAGAAAAAAAUCGAAAAUCUUAGACGAAAGUAGCUAAAUCGGUUGCAGAUAAGUCGGCACAGACCCUAAUGACUGGAGUAAAGUCAAAAGUUCGGGGUUUCCCCAUGCAGCCUAAGCAAGUAACUGUAAUUUUUUUUAAGACGACAAAUAAAGCACAAAAAAUUGCAUCUUGGAUUGAACUAACAGUAAAUUAAUUUUAUUUCAACUAGAAUCUGUCCAGAUUUUGUCGAGAGCAAGCCUUAUUUUCUUAAAUAAUAACUUUUUUUGUUUUGGUUACUGAUGGUUGGCAAAGUUUAAAUUGAAAACUCACGCGUGAGGUUGGUUGUUCAGUACUAUCGUAUUUUUUCAUGCACAUGUUUGGCCGUUGAAAACCAUAGGACAAAGUUUUAUCUGUGAUGUUUCGAUAUGGCUUUUCAACGCGCUGGGAGUAUCAAAAUUUAAAACUAAAAACGUUUACCUAAAAUAGUUUGGACAAUACUGAAUAUAACGCCGCUGGGAAAUUUGCGCUUCAUUUUGAAAAAAAAAAGUGAAUGUGAAAAAUGUUCAUUGCACCCAUUGGGUGGUGUUGUUUCGCGUUUUGCUUUACGCUAGCCACCACGUGUUUGUAGAGAGCACAUAUACAAUGUAGCACUUGCGUACAUGUCCACAGAUAACUGUGCAAUGAAUACUUUACUUAUCAAGCAUAUUUAUAUUCGACUUGGUUCGACAAGAACUGGAAACAUCAUGAACUUGCUUCAACCAGAUUCUGGUUCGUUUAGUCUUCUUUCUUGGCCUGAUUAAAUGCUGGCGGACAGCGAACGCCUUCAUAUCUCAUUUUACGAAUCAAACCGAAUUGACGGCUCUAUAGCUUUGCUGAUAAUCCAAUACUAAGGCACGGUAGUCAAAUUGAGUGGUGGGACCAGUUCCUAUCAGUUGUUUGCUACAAAGUGUCUGCUGUUACACAGUGUAGUAACUAAUCGUGCCACAGUAGGGUUCGGAAGAUGUCCCAAAACUUUUUCAAAUCAACACGUAAAAUUAUAGGCGCUGGCGUGAAUUACAAAGAGAUUCUUCGGCAAACAAACACCGCAAAACCAGCAAACCCUGUGAUAUUUUUCAAACCUGUAUCAACGCUCAUAUCAAGCGACGAAGGCACGAUCAAGGUUCCCAAAGUGUUUGGUGCCAUCAACUAUGAAGCCGAGCUGGGUGUCAUCAUUGGGAAGUCCGGCAAGAACAUUAGCGCAGAUCAGGCUAUGGGCUAUGUGGCCGGUUACUGCUUGGCACUGGAUAUGACCGGAAUGGACUACAUUGUGGAUGCUCGCUCGAAAGGAUUGCCGUGGUGUUUGGGCAAAGGUUUCGAUACGUCCACUCCGGUUAGCCGAUUUAUUCCACCGGAAGAGCUGGGUGAUCCGACCGAUGUGCGCAUCUGGUGCAAGGUUAAUGAACAAAUGAAACAGGACGAUACGACUAGAAAUUUGAUUUUCACGAUCGCAGAACUAAUUGCUUUCUCCUCGAAGUACAUGUCUUUGGAAAAGAACGAUCUAAUUCUGACCGGUACACCAGCCGGUGCAGGUCCUGUUAGAAAUGGUGAUGUUAUCGAGUGUGGAAUAGGUGAUAUUGUGCAAAUGACUUUCCACAUUGAAAAUGAGUAGUACUGUAUAUAUUUGUAAAACCUGUUACUGCGUCACUUUUAAUAGCAGUUGUACUGCUUAGGUGGAGAUUCAACUAUAAAUUCGUGUUUAUCUAAUAAUUUAAUAAUCCUGUUGAAACAAUACCUUUGUUAACCGAUCACAAUGGAAGAAUUUAAAUAUACAUCUAGUACGUA